UCAAGAGUUUAAAUAGCCAACCACAACCACACACACUCCUUUAAACCACAAGUUUACCAGAAGACGAGGAAGGUGACACCACCAGGAUAUUACAGGACACAAUACCUGACAGUGAGAGACGACAUGAUGAAGAUCAAACUGCUUCUGCUGAUCUGGACUGCAUCUGUGAACAGCCUGCCGUGGCAAGCCUCCCCCCUGUCUGGCGUCAGCCCCUGGGGGAUAGGAGAGGGUCACGAGAGGGGAGAGGACCCAGACGGCAGCUCAGCCCGGACUGGCCACGACAGUAGAGAGGGAUGGGGUCUCGCCUUAGAUGGGUUUCCGGGAGUCACGCCUACCACCUUCCCUCAACCAACCAGAGCACAGGACAGUGGCCCCUCUCCCAGACCUACUUACGUGAGGAGGGGACGUAGUCUCAAGGUUGAUGACAUCGCCAGCAAUGACAUUACAGAGGAGCAGCUGACAAUGUCCUAUAAAACUCUUCCUGGUUACAGUGAGGACCGGUUUGGUGAUUAUGGGAUGCAGAGGGACUCACCCGGCAGUGAAUCGCAUACCGGGAAAGACCCGACAGAUCACAAUGACUCCUCCAAAUCAAGUGAUUCUGUUGACUCUAACACCUCUAGUGAUUCAAGUGAUUCCUCCAAGUCAAGUGACUCUAACACCUCUAGUGAUUCAAGCGAUUCCUCCAAGUCAAGUGAUUCUAGCGAUUCAAGUGAUUCCAGUGACUCAAGUGAUUCAAGUGACUCUAGCGAUUCAAGCGACUCUAGCGACUCUAGCGACUCUAGUGACUCUAGCGAUUCUAGCGACUCAAGUGACUCUAGCGAUUCUAGCGACUCAAGUGAUUCUAGCGACUCAAGCGAUUCUAGCGAUUCUAGCGACUCAAGUGAUUCUAGCGACUCUAGCGACUCAAGUGAUUCUAGCGACUCAAGUGAUUCUAGCGACUCAAGUGAUUCUAGCGACUCAAGUGAUUCUAGCGACUCUAGCGACUCAAGUGAUUCUAGCGACUCAAGUGAUUCUAGCGACUCAAGUGAUUCUAGUGAUUCAAGUGAUUCUAGCGACUCAAGUGACUCUAGUGACUCUAGCGACUCAAGUGACUCUAGUGAUUCAAGUGACUCUAGUGAUUCAAGUGAUUCUGGCAAUACAAGUGAGUCAAGCAACUCUAGUGAUUCUAAGUGAUUCUAAAAGUUAAAGGGAAUCAAUCUCCACAGACAAAUAACGGCAGUGACUCUAGUACCAGCUCGGCAGCGAGAGACAGAGAGGAGAGAGAGACAACAAGACAGAGAAAGACAGAGGUAGAGAGAGAGAGAGAGAGACAGAGAGAGAGAGAGACAGAGAGAGAGAGAGAGAGACAGAGAGAGAGAGAGACAGAGAGAGAGAGAGAGAGACAGAGAGAGAGAGAAACAGAGAGAACAAGACAGAGUGAGAGAGAGAGACAGAGAGAGAGAGAGAGACAGAGAGAGAGAGAGAGAGAGAGAGAGAGAGAGAGAGAGAACCAGACAGAGAGAGAGAGAACCAGAGAGAACCAGACAGAGAGAGAGAGAACCAGAGCCAGAUGUCAUACUAUGUCUCAAGCUUGUAGGACUGCAAUAGUACCUUUUUAUAUAGAUUAUAGAUAUAUUUUAUAUAGAUAUCUGAUAUGUGCUUUUCUAUGUGUGUCUCAUUUUACAGUUGUGUUUUUCAUGUUUACUAGUAAAUAAAGUGUUCCACAAUAAAACACUGGCC